CUUUGGUGGGCGGGUGAUGUUGUUCCAAUCUAGUUCAAGGAUUGGGCCACAAAUGGGGAGGUGUUCCCUUGGUUGAGAGUGGCGAUCGUGUCAAUUUCAGAACCCAUCAUGGCGCUCGUUGCCGCAUCAGAAGGGCACCCUUUCAGCGAUUUGAUUGACACUUUGAAGAGUGAAAAAUAUGGAGAUAAAAAGUAUUUUAGUCCACAGAAGCUUAACGACCAACGAUAUGAUGCGCUGCCUCUGUCCAUCCGCGUCCUGCUGGAGGCUGCCAUCAGAAAGUGCGAUGGCUUUUACGUGCGGAAGGAGGACGUGUACAGCAUCCUGGACUGGCAGCAGCAGCAGCAGGAGCAGAGCCCCACAGAAAUCCCCUUCUCCCCCGCUCGGGUUCUGCUGCAAGACUUCACGGGCAUCCCUGCCAUGGUGGACCUGGCUGCCAUGAGAGACGCUGUGGCUUCCCAAGGAGUCGACCCUAACCUGGUCAACCCUUCCUGUCCCACCGAUCUUGUCGUGGACCACUCGCUACAGAUCGACUUUAGUAAAUGUGCCAUUCAGAAUGCUCCAAACCCUGGAGGAGGGGAAGGCCACAGCACCCCCAUUAAAUCCCCCCCUGGCAGAGGAGCUCCGCACCGAGGCUCCCAGUGCGCUGGGGCAGGCCAGAGGGGCUGCAGCAAGGGCGCCUGCAACGAAGCCCCCGCUACCUCAGGGAGACCCACCGCCCCUGUCCAGAUCGAGAACACGCCUCUCCUCUGCCCCUUCCACUUCAAGCCCGUCUCCGAGCCAGAAACAGCUCUCAAGAAUCAAGAAAUGGAAAUGAUAAGAAACAAAGAGAGGCUUCAGUUUUUCAAGUGGUGCUCUAAAGCCUUUAAGAAUGUGAACGUGGUUCCCCCGGACUUUGGUGCCAUACACCAGGUGAACCUGGAGUACCUGUCUCAGGUGGUGCAGGAGCGUGAUGGCUUCGUCUGCCCUGACAGUGUGGUCGGCACAGACUCCCACACCACCAUGAUCAACGGCCUGGGAAUCCUGGGCUGGGGGGUUGGAGGUAUCGAAUCCGAGGCGGUGAUGCUGGGCCAGCCCGUCUCUCUGACGCUGCCCCAGGUGGUGGGCUGCAAGCUGGUGGGCUCCAUCAGCACACUGGCCACAUCCAUAGACAUCGUCCUGGGGAUCACCAAGCACCUUCGACAGGCCGGGAUCGCCGGGAAGUUUGUGGAGUUCUUUGGACCCGGCGUUCCCCAGCUGUCAGCCCCGGACAGAACCACCAUCGCCAACAUGUGCCCCGAAUACAACGCCACCGUCAGCUUCUUCCCUGUAGAUGAUGUCACACUGAAGCACUUUAAGCAAACUAACUUUAGUGAGGAGAAACUUGAAUUAUUGGAGAGGUAUCUCAAGGCUGUGAAACUGUUUAGAACAUAUGAGGACCCAUCGGAAGAUCCACAGUAUUCAGAGGUAAUAGAAAUCAACCUGGGCUCCAUCGUUCCCCACGUCAGUGGCCCUAAGAGGCCCCAGGACCGGGUGGCUGUCUGCAGCAUGAAGACGGACUUCCUGUCCUGCCUGAAUGAGAAGGUCGGCUUCAAAGGGUUCCAUGUCCCUGCGGCGAAGCAGGCUACGCUGAUGCCUUUCGUCCACGAGGGGCAGGAGUACAGGCUGGCACACGGCUCCGUAGUCAUCGCGGCCGUCAUCAGCUGCACAAACAACUGCAACCCCUCCGUCAUGCUGGCUGCAGGUCUACUGGCGAAGAAGGCGGUAGCGGCUGGCUUGGCGGUACAGCCCUACAUCAGAACCAGCCUGGCUCCAGGGAGCGGCAUGGUGACGCAUUACCUCAGUGCCAGCGGUGUGCUGCCUUCCCUCAGUCAGCUCGGGUUUGAGGUGAUUGGCUACGGAUGUGCCACCUGUGUAGGGAACACUGCUCCCUUACCGGACCCUGUUGUUGAUGCCAUUAAACAGGGAGACUUGGUUGUGUGUGGAGUUUUGUCUGGGAACAGGCACUUUGAGGGGCGCUUGUGCGACUGUGUGCGUGCCAACUACCUGGCCUCCCCGCCCUUGGUGGUGGCCUACGCCAUCGCCGGCACCGUAGACAUCGACUUUGAGACAGAGCCCUUGGGUGUGAAUUCGGAGGGUAAGGAGGUGUACCUGCGAGAGGUGUGGCCCAGCAGAGAGGAGGUCCAGCACACAGAGCGCCACUGCGUCAUCACCUCCAUGUUCAAAGACCUCAGGCACAAAAUGGAGAAUGGGAACAAGUUGUGGAACAAUCUGGAAGCCCCAGAGUCAGAGCUGUUCCCUUGGGACCCCAAAUCCACAUACAUCCGGUGUCCUUCUUUCUUUAAUAAACUUACAAAAGAGCCAUCUGCCUCCCAGUCAAUAGAUAAUGCCCACGCCUUGCUAUUCCUGGGAGACGCGGUGACGACUGAUCACAUCUCCCCUGCUGGGAGUAUAGCCCGUGUUAGCCCUGCUGCCAAGUACCUCCAGAGCAAGCGCCUCACGCCUCGUGAGUUCAACUCCUAUGGAGCCCGGAGGGGAAACGACGCAGUGAUGACACGAGGGACGUUCGCCAGCAUCAAGCUCCAGAACCGCUUUAUUAGCAAGACCGGGCCCAAGACCGUACACAUCCCAUCGGGCCAGACCCUGGAUGUGUUCGAGGCAGCCGAGCGAUACCAGAGGGAGGGCAUCCCCCUGGUCAUCCUGGCAGGGAAGAAGUAUGGCUCUGGAAACUCGCGUGACUGGGCUGCUAAAGGACCUUACCUGCUGGGUGUGAGGGCUGUGAUUGCUGAGAGCUUUGAGAAGAUUCACAGAAACCACCUGGUGGGCAUGGGCAUCGCACCCCUGCAGUUCCUGCCGGGGGAGAGCGCCGACUCACUGGAGCUCAGUGGGAAGGAGAAGUUCUCUGUGAGCUUCCCAGAAGAUCUGUCCCCACGACAAGAGCUGACCGUCAGGGCUAGUUCUGGAAAGGCCUUCAAAGUGAUUACCCUGUUUGAAAGCGAGAUGGACAUUGUGUUCUUUCGGCACGGCGGGAUUCUGAGAUUCGUCGCGCGAACAUUGACUCGACGGUCUUGAGGUGUCCAAGGCCUUCCCUCCCCGACUCCUGACUGAGCGCGCUGGAGUCCCAUAACACCCUCUCUUCUCCUCGCCAUGGCAACAAGUCCAGCCCGUGUGAUCAGAGGGAGUAUGCCGCGGUGGCAGUUGGCUGUUCGUCGUCACGGCUGAAUGUGCUCUGGCAGUUCUGUGCACACCAUCUAUAGCCCUUAAUAUGGAGAGAGAACAUUUAUACAAUGCAUUGCGCCUAUGCACUGACAAACCAGUAGAUGGAUCAGUUACAUGCGUGUGAGUUACUGGAGUCAUUUGUCUACAAUGGUACAGGGUUUCUGCUGUUAAAGGUCCAGCUUUGAGUUUGUUCUGCUAGUGAUUAGGAUGACCAGCUAAUGUUAGUCCUUCACUGACCUCUACUCCAAAUCCCUAGUCGAACAUUCCUCAGGCUUCAAUAAGCUCUAUAGACCGUGUCCUGCAGAGUGUGGUCUGACCUGACUGCCGGGUGCCAGUGCCACCAUACUAUACAGGCAGGUGACGGUAUUUGGGUGUCGUGUUGCACACAAACGCCACAGUCCACGUGUCAUCCUCAUUGUCCUCCUUAUCCUCGGCCUCACCCAGCUUUGCCCUGUCUAUGCUGAAUUUCCCCAUUUAUGUUCAGAUGGCUUGUUUCCACAGAUGCCUCUUUUCUUGCACUUAAUGAAAAAAAAAAAAAACGUCUGGUGUCCUUUUUACAGUAUGUUGGCUAAUGUGAAAACAAUAUGUUCUGUUUUUGUUGCUGUCUGUACAGUACACGUUGACCUUAAUUUAAUUUCUUUCCAUGAGAGAUUUACUGUCUCUUAACUUAGCUGCUGAGGUGAGCUGUUGUUGGCACGCUGUCUUGCCCCGCCACCCCAACCCCGGUGCUUCUACAGACCGUUUGUAAGCUCCAUGUUUUUAUUACAAACCUAAGACAAACUUGGACGCAUGGUGCUUAAUUGUUCACUCCAUGUCUGAACAGCUCUCUAAUACAUACCUAGUAAUUCUGUUAAAUAUAAUAUUAACAAUAACCACUCUUGUUUUCCGUUUAGUAUUUAGCUGAAUGUGGUUUGAGAUUUAAUAUGUUCACUGUCAGAAGUCAUAUGUGCCGUUUAAUGUGAUGUGAAAAAGGCCACACAUAAUGGGUAAAUAAAGAACAAGUUGGUUAUUGUUAAUGUAAUAUUAUUACUUUGGUGCUCUGUAGUGGUAAAACAAUUUAAGGUGUUAAUUUCCUUGAUGAAGCAGUUUACGGAUACGGAGUAUGUCAAACCGCAGCUAUGUACAGGAACUGGGGUAAAGACUGACUUUCACAAAUAAUACUGACUAUAUAACUGCAAUCUGUACCUCAGGCUUUGCCAUAUAACCCCCCCCCCCAUCAUCAACCUCUUUUCAACUCGACUGAUUAAGUCUUUGUCGCAUUCAACUGCCAAAGCAAGACCUCCAUAACCAUAAUCAUUUAAUGAUAUGAAGUAACACGUGCUGCAGGUAUGCAUCGGGAGUGUGAACAUCUUUUGUCCUGAACUCAUGAGAUGAAAAUUGGUGAUUUCUGUUUACUUUGAGGCGGUAUGUUUUGAUACAUUUUCUUCUGCACAUCGUCUCAAGGCACCUGUUGCAAAGUGCUUCACGUGUGAUUUUGUUUUUACCCUUUCCAUUUAUGUUUUUGGUCAGUGUGGCACAGGAUGGAAGUGCGAAUUGUCACCAUCGCAGCUGUGUUUGUGUGUUUGGCAGGCUGUGGUUGGUUGAAUGUCAGCAGCUCAAGACUACAUGAAAUGACGCUCCCGGUUUUUCAGUGAUCGACUGCCUAGCAUGUUUGUUCUACUGCUGUAUGUCAGCACAGCACUGCCUUUAAAGUGUAGCGGAUGGCUGCUCUUUGCAACUGUGCAUUUAAACACAGUUCCCAAGUGGACUGAGGGUCGACAAACGGAUAUCAGUCUAGAACCUGUAGGUUGUACGGUGGUGCUUUAUGUAUUGCGCAGUGCUUUGUUUUGGCAUAAAAUGUUUUUACAAUUUGGAAUCUGAGGAUAUGCAAUGUGAGAGCAUAUAUAGCACAAGCCAACCGUCCAUUCAUCACAAAGGAAAAAAUGUAUUAUGAGAAGUGUGGAAUUCUGUAACAAUUAUUGCUCAUAUUGUAAAUACUUUUUUCAUAAAGAAUUAAAAGAUACAA